AUGAGCGCAUACACCUCCCAAUACCCACCCCUUCCCUUCGACCCCGCAUACAAGCAAUUCUUCGAAUCCUUCUACGCCGCAUCCGACGAUCCGACCGCCCACGACGCAUAUGUGGAGAAUUUCACGCAUGAUGCUACUUUGAUUAUGGCGUCGAAAACUGCCAAGGGCGGGGAAGAAAUCCUCGCCGUCCGCAAAUCGCUCUGGGAAAAAGUCGCCUCGCGCAAACACGACGCGGUUAAGAUCUUCCCGUUUGGACCCGACUCGGAUGAGGUUAUGCUGUAUGGGACGGUUACGUAUGGGUUGAAGAGUGGGGGGGAGAGUGGGCUGGAUUGGGCGGCUAGGGCGUGUUUGGUUAAGGAGGGGGGGAGGGUUAGGAUGAGGUAUUAUCAGGUUUAUUUGGAUACUGGGGCGCAGGGGAAGUGAGCAGAAGGGUCUACAUGCGGUGGUUGAAGGUCUGCUGUUUUGGUCAUGUUCACUUUGCAUAGGAAUGGAAAAGUUGAACCCGUCGACUUUCUUUAGACUAUUUUCGAGGACAAUAUAUCCAUGGAUGAAACAUCCUGUAGCAGCUAUUCGUAAAAGCAUGGCAGAACAAAUUAUAUGAUUCAAAGAUAUCGAAUACUCGGAUU